AUUUAGAACCAUACCCACUUUGAAUCCAAAUUGUAUUUGUAACUGAUGAAAUUAUCAUAAACCAUACAAGAGAAAGACCAACUCGUAGAAUCGUUAAUUCUAACUAAACAUGUUUUUUCCAAAUUUUGAGUGAAGAUUAUCUAAUAAAAGUUUUAACUUUCAACACACUUAGACAAGUACAUAAAAACUUUUGGCCCCCCAACGUGAUAAAUAAAUGAAGGGAAUAAAAUAAAGCUAAAGUGAUUAGGAGAGACAGAAGGGAUCACUUGUUCUCCCCCACUAAUCCAACCCAUAAAACCCAAUAAUUAAACUUUCGUAAAUUAUACAGAAUAAUGAAUUGAUGCUAUAACAUGAUUAUUAUCUUAACACCAAAACUCCUUUCUAGUUUCUGCCUUUUGAUUGUUUCUUGUAAGUAAAAUCUUUCAUUUAUAAAGAGAGGGGAAAAAAACUUAUGUAAACUAAUUUAAAAUGUGUUCCUUUAUCCAAUCCGAUCUAUAAUCUAUAGCAAUUUGCAGACAAGCCAAGUUAUCGUUCCAUCGGAUGCAACUAAGGAUUUGAAAAUAAGGCAAAGGAAUGAUACAUCCAUUCAGUUACUUGUUUGUCAAGUUAUUACAGAGACACCAAUAUAAGUUUCAUUAAAAGAAAGGGACACCAAGAUAGUAGUGAUAUAGAGGUAAAAGCAGCGGCGGAUCCAGGACACAGUAGAGCACUUGGCCGAAUUUCAUUAGAAAAUUAAAUAUCGUAAAAAAAAUCACAGUGUUUUUUACAAUUUCAAUUGUACACAGCGAUUUUUUAAAUUUUAAUAUAGUGAAUUCAUCAAUAAUAGAGUUUACAUCCAUACCAAUAGCAUACUCUCUUUAAGAUAAAAAAUAGUUAAACCAAUUGGCUAGAAAUUCAUCGCUCAUUUUGUUGCACAUAUAAUUUUUCACCUAUUUCAUUGUUGAAAAGGUUCUCUCCAUAGUAGUUGUUGAAACGAGCAAUGUCAACAGUGGACAAAUCAAUCGACUAAUCAAUAUAGCUGCUCUAGUAAUUUCUUAAGGGAAUAAACCUCAUAUUUCUUUUAGUCUUUUACGUUUUAGAAUUUUAGGUUUCAUUUUGUUUUUCUUUAAAUGAGAAUCAUUGGAGCUAGAAUUUUCAAGCUAAAUUUAGAGUUGUGAUUUGAAUAUGUUCAUCUUGCCAAUUUCCUAAUUACACACAAUCUUAUUAUAAAUUAACACUGGGCCGAAUAGCUAAAAUCGAUAAACUUAUAAGGACUAUACUAACUCCGGAUCCAGAGGAGGGCUGGGCCGUGGCCCGGGGUGGCCACCCCCUGGAUCCGCCACUGGGUAAAAGAACAUGCCAGUGUAACAGAGAAAUGUAGAUGAUAAAUCGGUAAUGAAUUAUUUCGUGCAUAGGAUCUUAUGUAUCCGAAAAUAAACAAUCAUGUAAGCUAGUUAUGGUACAUACGGAAGAUGGCAGUUUGAAAUUAAAAUUUCGACGGACAUAAUGAGCGAUCAACUUAAUGCAAAUUCUCAUGAGUCAUGAUCAGUGGAGACGAAAUAAGUUUAUUAGGUAAUAUAAAAUCACUACAUAUUCUCAUAUGUUCUAUGGUGAUCAUGAAAUAAAUUGAAUAAUAGGCAUUGUGUUGUUCCUCUUAUAAAAAAAAAAGUAUUGUAACAUCUAAGAUAAAUCUCACAUCGUGAAAGUACGGGAGAGAUCCAUGAUUCAUAAGUAAUAAAGACUUGAAUUGACUAGACGCGUUUUGGGGUGAGAACACCGAAGUUAAAUGUGCACAGUGUGGAGUGGUGCAGUGAUGGGUGACAUUUUACAUUAUGGGAAGAGUCACCUUGAUUAUGCACCCAAAACAAAUUUUGUGAGGGUCUAGACCCAAAGCGAACAAUAUCUCAUCAGAAAAGACCCAGGAUGGUAUAGGUAUUGUGAAUAGAGAUGUCACUCUUUUUUUCCAUCUAAGUGUGGCAUAGAUUCUUGUUGUGUAAGGUGCUAUUAAACGAUUUUGAAUAAGCAGCCUUCAAGUUGAAAAGUAGUGGUAAAAUUACUGCACCAAGUCGGAUUGCUGUGGAUCUUAAUGCCCCGUGUCUUGUGGUAAAAUUACUGCACCAAGUCGGAAAAGUAGCCUUGGUUACUGUGGAUCUUAAUGCCCCGUGUCUUGUGCGAUCGGAUUGCCUGUUCCUGGUGAAGGCGAUUCAAGGUCUGCCGAGUCUCUGGCCGUGGCGGGCUGCUGCUUGGCUAGGAAGAAUCCUGCAUAUUGCCAGCAACUUUCCCGACAUCAUAUUUGAAUGGGUUAAUAGGAAGCGGAAUUGCAAAGCAGACUGGGUGGCCAGAUCCUGCGCGCGAAAUCAGCUUCCCUCGGAAUGGAUUCAAAUUCUUGAUGUUAUUUCAUCCCUUCUGUAACCUUUGGCUCUCGCUGUUAUUAAUGAAAAGCUUAGUGCCCCUUGUCAAAAAAAAAAAAAAAAAAAUCCUUUGCUUAGAGCUGACAACUCUUUCCUGAUCAUCUGUUUAUUUUGCUAGUAAUAUUUGUUCCCGGGGAACAUAUUUAGUAAAUUAAUGACGAAACGUAACUUGUAUUAAUAUAUGCUACAGUAACAAACAACAUAGUACACCAGUACUAGAUCAAGUGAUUGUAUGUAGCAUGUGUUAGGCAAAGGCAAAUGUACUCUUUUUGUUUAGAUGAGUAUGCAAGUGACAGUGUAUUAUUAAUUAUUAAUUAGUAGCAAAUUGUUAAUUCCAAAUAACAUAAACGCCUAACGGAUAACAUACAUGUGCAGAUAUACCAGCCAGGGAGAUGAAGCUAUGUCAUAUGAUAAACAAAGGACUAAUUAAUUAAGCAGGAAGGGGUUUACUCAAAAAGAAACAAAAAGGAAAAAAACAAACAAAAACUGUAAUACUUUUGACGUACACAUCUACUGACGAGUAAGUACGGCAAAGAUUCAUGGUUAAUAAGUAACAAUAGAAUUUUAAUUUGUAAGAAUGAAAUAGUGUUUGUAAGAAUUUUAAAAUUAAACAUGUUCAGUUUGAAGUAACGCAGAUAUGAGUUGCCUCUUGGGAAAGCCAUCAUAAAUCAUAAAGCACACCAUAAGAAAAAUCAUGGGGGAAUAAGACUAAAGCGGGAUAUAAAUAAUUCAGAUGCUACAAGAAGAGUCAGUGGCGGAUCGAUGGGCUCUAGGGGUGUCCCGAGACACCUCUAAAUUUGAAAAAAACGAUUUGAUCAUGCUCGACAGUAGCUUGCGUAUGAUGGAAAAAAAUUAAGUGGUAGCGGGACACCUCUAAAUUUUGGAAAACGAUUAUCCAACCCCAUUAGUAGUUUGCGUAUGGGUAAAUAAAAACAUUUAAGCGGUAGUGUAUAUGAUUUGAAGUCGGGUCACUGCUACUUUUAGUAAACAUAUUUUCCAAACUCGUUUAUUCCUACAUUUUAAAUCCAUGUAUAAUUAUAAAAUACUAUUUUUUAUCCCCAAUUAUUUUCAAAAGCUAACGUUUAAACUCAAUUACGGGCUCCCCUUAUCUAGUAAGAUAUAUCGAGAGAGAUCUGUAGAGCAGUGUUAGACAUCGAACGUAUUCUAAAGUUUUAUUGAAAUACGAAACACAUCGUGUGCUUUCAUUGUAAUUUGUGCAAGUUUGAUAUUUUCUUAUGUAAUUAUUGAUCUAAUUUAAUUUAAUUUUUAGGAGAGCACACUUCUAUGUAAAAAUUCUAGGUUCCAUAGAAGAGUGGUCACUCGAUCACCAUUUGUAAGGGAAAUAAAAUUUAACAAAGAGAUCUUUAUCUGUUUUCUUUUAUAUUUACCGUUUAAAUUCAGAUAUAGUGCAUGAUCUAAUAUGUCGAAGUCGUUAUUAGUAUCAAAGCGACGAAACUUAUUGAAGAAUUUGAUUAUUCGACAGAUUGAUACGAGCUUUGAGGAAAAAAGAAAAACAAGUGAUUUUCAAAUUGAGCAGAAUUGAAAGAAAUAUGAACACUCAAUGACAUGAUUAUGAAAACAAAAGAACAGACCAGAUCCAAACUAGUAUAUUACUUAGAAACCCGAAUCGAUCCGAACAACAACUGACGACAAAGUGGAGAAAAAAAUUGUGCGAAGAAGUUAAAGAAAAUGUUUGGGCCGACACGAUGAGAACAAAAUACAGCAAAAGUUUGGCUGUGAACACAAGGCCCGGCGGCGAUCGAAUCAAGGCAUGCGAAUGCUCCGGCGUGGUUCUGAACUUGCCUACCGGCGGGCGGCGACCAGACCGGCAAUACCGGCGCGUCACUUUCAUAUUAUCCGGGGGAAAUUUUCAGGGAGAGGGUAUCAUUAUUAAUUACUGACCCCCUUUUCCGGCGGCGGCGAGUCUCUCCGCCGAUCGAAAUUGGUUACCUGGAUGGAAUUCCAGGUUCCGUCCUCCAUUCUCCGUUGGCCGGCGGCGUGUGGUUGUCCACUUCUCCGGCGGUGGGGAUUUGUAAAUAUUUCUUGUUUGAUUUUAGCGUGGGCUUCUGUAUGUAAUGCUCUUGGGCUUGGGCUGAGGCUUGGUUCAGCCCAAAAAUCUCGAUUGGUUAAAACCAAAACUCGUGAAUUUGGGCUUUUGACAGCUCACAAUCAAGGAUUGUCCAUGGCCCUCGAAGGCAACGGAAAGGCCGCAGUUCGUUAUCCGAAUCUGGGCCGGAAAUUUCUCGGGCUCCUGGACUACCGGAAUCUUUUCCCAACGCUAACACCGAAGCAAACUGUUGGUCUGGUUCCCAACUACCAUUCAGGAAAGCGCGGGGAAUAAUAAUUUUAUUAAGAAAAAAAAAAAAAGGAGCAAUGACACACUCCACCGUCUCCUUCCACGUUUCAUCUUGCGGUUGGACCCACCAUUUCCAUUCUCCCAGCCUCCAAGUUACUAAAUUGAUUUUUUUAAUAUGAUUUUUGGCUUGGCGUUGGGAUAAUAAUUAAGAGUUUAAGACCGGUGUUUCAUCUUUUUCUCGACCAAAGAACAAAUUUGGAGGGUAAAAAUAAUUAUAUUUGUAGAUAUCUUUCAAUAUGAUAUAAUUAAAUAUGUUUCAAUUUACAAUAAACAAUGCUUAAAAUCAAUUUCGAAGGAUUAUUAAUGAGUAUGAAAACUCGAAUUUGAACAUUAGUAUUAGUAUGUUAAUAUGGUGGUUGAAGUUAUAAAAAGAAAUUGUUACA